AUGAGCUAUCAUGACUUGAAUGAUGGAGCUUCGACGUCUUCAACGAGCUCGUCUGCGUCAGAUGCUGUCGAAAGACCUCAUUCGCCGACAUCACUGUUCGAGGACUCUCUUUUUACCCUUUUCUCGCACUAUCAACCCAUACACGGGGAUCCUGGGGACACUUGCAAGUACUUUCAUCACAAUCUCCCACCUCGCUACCGAUGCGCACCUUUGCGCAAGACUUCAUUGCGGUACAAGAUCGCUCAGAACAGCGGAAUCAACACCAAGCUUUUUGCUCAUCAUCAAUGGGAUGCUGGACUCUAUUUAGCGGAUCUCAUAGCCGAGCAGAGCACCGACAGCCACGAUAGCAGCUCGGAAGUGACACACGGCAAGAAGAAAGCGAAUGACUUUGUUGAUGUACGAGGCAAGACCGUAGUGGAGCUUGGUGCGGGAACUGGCCUUCCAGGCUUGGUGGCGUGUGUCAUGGGAGCAGGAAAGACAGUGAUCACAGACUAUCCUGACCCUCACGUCAUUGACAAUCUCGAACGGAAUCUGGACCUUGCUCUCAUACCUAGGGCAAGGAAGGGAAGGCAGCAAAACCCACACUACAAUCAAGCGCGGGGAAAGGUGGAAGUCAUCGGGCUUGGCUGGGGCAAUGACGAGGAAGAAGCUCGAGUUCUAGCCGAGUCUUUCCCAUCUCCCAACGACGACGGAGAGUCUGGCUACGAUGUCGUUCUCGCAGCAGAUGUACUAUGGGUCUCAUCCGCACAUCCGCUUCUCAUCCAAUCAAUACGGAAGAUGCUCAAGCGUGAUCGCAAUGCUCGAUGCGUGCUGAUUGCUGGCUUCCACACCGGCAGACCAGCUGUACGGCGCUUCUUUGUUCAGCUCGCACAGCGUGCUGCGGCAAACGAUGCAUCCCUGGAACAAGGCAGGCAGGCGGGAAUUGUGCCAGACUGGGAAGAAAUGCGAUUCGGCGGAAUAUGGGAACGCAACAUCGACGGUUCACAGCGAGCAUGGACAGGCGCCACGAUACCGCGCAAACCCGAUUACGAUGCAGGGUCUACAUCGAGGACAUUGUCGGAUGAUGUGAACAAGGAGCCAGAGGCGGAAGAGGAGAUGGGAGACAUCAGCGAUCGAGGUAGGUGGGUUGUUGUCGCAUGUCUCAGGUGGGCUGACCUCGAGUAA